AUGAUGAAAAAAUUAUUACCUUUAGCAUUAUUUACUAGCUACAAUAAAAGCUUUAUAAAAAAUGUGAAAUUAGAAAUUCUUAAUGGAGUUUAAGAUGAUUAUUAAUGUUUCUAAAUUGAAAAAGGUCAUUACUUGAAUCAAUUUUUAAAUAAUAUUGAAUAGUUUACUACAAAUAUAAUAGAAACAAUAAAAGAUUGUAAAUCUAAAUAAAUGAAAGCUAUUUGGAUUCAAUUAGAUUCAAAUUAAUUAGCACUUGCUGAGAAAUUAAUUGAAUAAGGAUUUUAAAUGCAUCAUUGUACAUAAAAUUAUUUAUUAUUUUCACAAUGGAUUAUUGAAAAUGAGAAAAGCAGAUUACCAAAUUAUACUACUCAUUCAGUUGGUGCUGGAGGUUUAAUUAUUCAUAACAAUUAAAUAUUAUUAAUAUAAGAAAAAAAUGGAACAAAAGAAGGACUAUGGGGUAUACCCGGGGGAUUAGUUGAUGAUGGAGAAUUAGUUGCAGAAGCAGCAAGUAGAGAAGUAAAAGAAGAAACAGGUUUGGAUGUUGAACCAUAUGAUUGUUUUUUCUUUAGAGAUUUACCAAUAGCUAAUUAAUAUUAAGGUGAUAUUUAUUUUGUAAUUUUCAUGAGAUUGAAGAAUUAAUAAUAAAAAGUAUAGAUUUAAGAUUAGGAAAUAAAGAAUUAUCAAUGGGUUGAAAUUAAUAAACUUUAAGAAGUAUAUAAGUGAUGACAUUUAAUUAGUUUUUAAUUUAGAACAAGUUUGGAAUUACUUAAUAAAGAUUAAUGGAAUCUAUUGUCCAGUAUUAAAAAUCUAAUCGUUUUGGCACACAACUUUGUAAUAUGGAUAUGAAACCAAGAGUUAUGUAUGGAAAAGAGAAAAAAUAUUGUUUAUUUAAGCCUAAUUUAUGA